AUGUCAUCCGGUGUUGUUGGUUGUACUCAAAUCGCUUCAAAGGGUGCAGAGGGUCGCAUGGAGGCUCAAGUACAGCUCAUGAAGAGUCAAAUUGACUUCCUACAUGAUGCUUUGGCCGAGGUUAAGGAGGCAAACCGAGACUUGUCUCAAUUGCUUUCAAAUCAGCAAGAUAAAGCUAUGGUAAGUUUUGAGAACAUUGCUGAAAAUUUAAGAGUCUUAUGUGAUCGUUUUGAAGUUAAACAUGUACCCUCGUAUGCUGGAAUGUUGCAAGUGUCAUUGCCUUUGUUUUAUGGUUGUUAUAGAGAAUAUGAUACUUGGGAAAAGAGCAUAGAGAAUUUGUUUGUGUUGCUUAACAUAGAGAAAGAGAGUGAGAAAAUAUCCUUAGCAAAAGUGAAGUUGCUCAAUUGUAAGCAGAAUGGUAGAUCCAUUCAAUCUUACUUUGAGGAAUUAGAAGGGUUGUUUCUGAGUUCAGAAGUGGAUGAGAAUAACUACAUGUUGACAGACCGUUUCCACUAUGGCUUGGACAAGUGUUUCAAACAACAUCCAAAGAUAAGGAGACAAUCAAGGCUCUAUGAGGCAUACUAUGCUGCCUUAGAAGUGGAAAGAGAGCAUGAUACUUCUUGUGGUUGGAAUGGUCCAAUUGAGGAUCAGGGGUUGGUGUUUGGAGCUGAAGAUGGAGAUCAACGGACUUGUAUCUUCCGUACUAAGUGUUCGGUUGGGUGGUCCAAUGAAGUUGAUUUGGUAAUCGACGGUGGUUCGAGUACUGAUUGUGUAAGUAUAGAGGUUGAUGAUUCGAGGACGAAUCCUCUUAAAGAAGGAGGGGAUGAUGAGAAUCAUGUAGCUUUCCAUGGAGGUUCUCCUAGUGAGGGGAAUGAGCUUGUCCUUCAUUCUAGUUUUGGAAUGCCAAGUUUACUUUGCAGGCCAAUCAAGGAAGAAAGGAUGGAUCUUAACUACCUAUGUGAUAGGGAGUUGGUUCAAAAGAGCUAUGAUCAAGGUGAUGAGAAUGUCAUUAACUUUGGGGUUCAAACCAAAGGAGAUGAAGACCUCAUGGAAAUAAGUGCUGAAGAGUAUCAAGAGAGUUUGACUCUGUGUGCUCCAUGA